UGUACCGAUAGAGGGCAGUCUGUGUUCCUUUACGUGCCUGUAAGCUUCUUUUAAGUAGCAUUGCAUCAUCAACAUGACGUAUCGAAACUGUGUUUUACCGUGACACGCAUGAUAAAUUAUUAGUAACAAAAGUCUCAAUUGUGCAGCUUUUAUGGUGAUACGAAAUCAAGAAUUUAGACUAUUUGUAUGGAAUAUAAAAAAUGGCACCCAAAAAUAAAGAAAAUAACACAUCUGGAAAUAAGAAAAAAAGACAAAUUUCUGAAGAAGAAGAUGAUGAAGAUUAUCGACGGCGCAGAGACAGAAAUAAUCAAGCUGUAAAGCGUUCUAGAGUUAAAAGUAAAUUACGUACACAACAAACGUUAGAACGUGUAAAUCAGUUAAAAACAGAGAAUGAAUUACUUGAGGAAAAAAUUAAGAUGCUUACAAAAGAAUUAGGAUUUUUGAAAGACCUUUUCCUUGCACAUGCAGGUUCUAGCCAACAUUCUGUAAGUUUUCAAGAUGUAGACUUAAAUGCUCUUUUGGCUGAAGACACAAAACCCGUGGAACAGGUGAAAGAGACAUCUAAGCCAUAGGUCAGAAUAAAUUCCACGUGAAACAAGUAACGUGGUAUUGAUCAGAUCUGAGAUGAAGAUGCACUUUGGUUCGUCUAUUUCUAAUAAAAUGUCAGACUUCUUGGAAAGAUGUCUGCUUAUAAUCGACUUUUAAUGAAUUUGAAAUGCAUGAUAUCUUAGUGUAUGCAGGCCUUUGCAUGUGAAAUUCAUUAUUAUUGAAAUCUCAAACACCAAAUAAGACAAGCAACAAAAUUUAAAGACUAAAAAAUUGACAACGCAUGUAGAGAUCAAAAUUACUGUCAAUGGAGGAAAUAAUAUGUUACAUGAAGAAACAUACUGUAUUUGCAAAAAAA